AUGCAGUUUUCAUUCGCAACCGUUUCCCUGGCACUCUUCGCCCUCUCCCUCGCCUCCCCAGUCCCAGUGCCCAAGAAAGCAGCAGCCACAAGCUCAGCCUCCACAGCAUCCGCCACUGCAAAAGCCGCAAAGGCAAGUAGCACAUCAGCGGCGACCGCCGGAGCGGCAGCUGGAGCCAGUGUCCUGACAGCAUCCACUUACAACGACAUUCAAAUCUCCGGCGGAACCGCUGGUACCGCAGAAACAGAAGCCAACGCCCUGUUCUCGAAAAUCGACCAAACCAACCUGGCGGGUGUAUCAGCCGCUGAUCUGGCCGUCAUCAAGGCGACCCAUGAUGCUGCUGAGGAUGCAGAAACAUCUGCUUUCAACCCAGCUAUCGCUGCUGCGAGUGGAGAUGCUGCGACUGCGCUAACGAAUGGCAAAAUAAAGAACAAGGUCCUCAAGCUUACUGCUGAGGUUCUGGGUAUUCAAAUUGAUGCUGCGCAGGGAGGAGAUGGAUCUGAUCUUGCAGCUGAGCAGACUAAGCUUACGACUAAUAUUGGGCUUGAUACGGCGGCUGCUGGACAGGCUUCGACUGCUGUUCCGUUUGAUGCUACUACUUAA